GAACACACGUGCAGGGCCCACUUAAACCGCUAACUCGGAGACCAAGUGAGAAAGUCAGUCAACUCUCUGGAGACAGGCCUACCUGGAUAAACAUGAGUGAACAAGGCGGUGGAGAUUUGCCGGAGCCCAAAAUUGAACAGCUCAUGGCCAAGCUAAGGAUGCUUCAACAAGAGAGGAGACAACUUGAAGAGGAAGUCAAAGGUGCCCAGUCUGUGCAUGAUAAUUUGCAAAAGGAGCUUGCAGAUUUACAAACCGAAGCUAAUGAACUGGAAGGAAUCCAUAAAGAUAAGAAAGAUGCAUCCAGCAAGCUGCAGUUGCAAUGUGAAGACUCUGAGCAGGACUUGAACAGGCAGUUGAAGCAGAACAAGACGAGCGAGGAAUUGCUGGAACACUACAGAUGUGAAAUAGAGGAAGUGAAGCUGAAACACAGGAAAUUGCGAAUGAGAUUUGAAAACCAACUUAUGCAACUGAUAGAGCAGCACAAGCAACUCGACUAUGUCUUUAAUCAAAAGAGACUCCCAGAUGAGUUGAAGAAAGCUGAAGACAUAAAACAUCAGUUGUCAUCAGCUGAACAAGUGAAGUUGGCUCAGCUGGACAAACUGGACGAAGAGUUGGAGGAGGCGAAGAAACAGAAGCAGUUUGAGACUGAAGAUGCACAGAUUCUUGAGUAAACUGAAUGACUUGCUUCUAGUUUUGGGGAUUUAGAGUGACCAGCUCUUUGUGUUGUUUCGAGCCUGGUCUCUUGCUCAGGGAUGAGGCUCGAUGGACAUUUACAAUGUUACAUUUCCUUUAUGCAAUUGUUAAGAUUUCCUGAGUGAGAUAUUUUUAAACACUCAACUUACAUGUUUUACACUGUCUAAGAUACCUGCUUUUUAAGUAUUUAAUGAACUCAUUCUGAGAUUUAACCAUAUUUAUUGUCUAAAUUGUUCAUAACCUUUAUGUGGUUUUAGCUUUAGAUCUGAAAAAUGUUGAACUUUUUGAUCUGUAUUAAGAUAUUCUUUUCUGAUGUUAUAUCCACACAAGUUUUCCAUAUAAAAAUGUAACAGCUGCAA